AGUCAUUUAACUUUUGGAGCAGGGGAGCGUCCGGACUGGCUCAGACCAGACAUUGCUUUUUGUCAAUACCCCACUCCCAAAGUUCUCACUAGAGCAGGGUAACAAUCUUCCUCGCUCUCACAAUCUCAUUUCUCAGAUGAUUUCGAUUAAUUUUUUUCAACAAAUGUGAAAUCGGAAACGACGACGACGAUCUAUCAAUUCCCCCUGUCGAUCAAUCGGAAAAGUCAAAAAAUCAAAGUCUUUGCCGAUUUGCUCGUUCCGCGAAAAUCUGAAAUUUUAUCUUCUGGUGGAUUGUUUUACGGCGAAAUCGAUAAUAAUAUUACUUUCACCAAGUAAUGAUCUACUAUUUGUUCUUACCUUUGGUAUAUUCAAUUUGAUAAGAAAAGACGACAACGUUUAAUUGGAGCAGAGAUGGCAGCUAAGCAAAUGGAGGAGAUUCAGAGGAAAUUAGGAAUGCUUAAUUAUCCAAGAGCUAAUGCACCGGCUCAGUCUCUUCUCUUCGCUGGCAUGGAGCGUUAUGCUCUUCUCGAAUGGCUCUUCUUCAAGUUAUUAGGCGAUAAAUCUCCAUUCUCACAACAAAAUUUACAAGGAGAUGCUAUGGAUCGUGAUGAAGAGACUGGUCGCAUUCAAUAUUUAGCCGAGAUUGCGAAGUUUUUGGGUAUCACAACAACUAUAGAUGUGGAGGCAAUUCAAGGGCGUGGAAGUUAUGAAGAUCGAACUGAGAUGCUUCAACUUAUUGUUGAUCUUGUGGAGGCGAGCAUGUAUGCUGAUAAUCCUAAUUGGAGCAUUGAUGAGCAAGUAGCAAAGGACAUACAACUAAUAGAUUCUAUUGCAGAAAAACAAGCUCUCAUUUUCUCGGAAGAAUGCAAGUUGUUCCCUGCAGAUGUGCAGAUUCAAUCAAUAUAUCCAUUACCAGAUGUUUCUGAGCUGGAGACAAAGCUUUCAGAACAGUCAAAAAUACUUUCAAAUCUUCAACAGAAGGUCACAGAUUUGGCAUCUAAGCAUGCUUACAACCCAGAUGAGGAUUAUGCAGAGGUGGAAUCCCAACUUCGGGCAAAUCUGGAAUCUUUUCUUGAAACUGCAAGAUCAUUUAAUACAAUUUACACCAAGGAAAUUCGCCCCUGGACUCACAUGAUGGAGGUACCACAGCUUCAUGGGUUUGGGCCUGCGGCCAAUCGCUUGUUAGAGGCAUACAAGACGCUUUUAAAGUUCUUAGGUAACUUGAGAAAUCUUAGGGACUCAUAUGCAGCUCUUGCUGUUGGAUCAUCUGAGACAAUUGCUGGCGAGCCCUCUUCAGUCACAAGAAUCAUUUCAGAGUGUGAAUCUGCCUUAACUUUCUUAAACCGUGAUCUUGGUAUUCUCUCUGCUUCAAUUGCUCGUGAGCAAGGUGAAAAGGUAACUUCAUGAAAUGUUAAAAAAAGAUAGGAACAGCUCUCGCUUUCGACGUCUUUUUUACUAUGUUUUUCCAAAGCCAUCUUUGCUCGUGAUUUCUGUUAACUGCAGAACUGAUUGAUAAUUGAAUUCCAAUCUGACAAAAUGAUCAGGUCUUAGGGGCCUCAUUUUACAACAGCUUGUUUGUCUGUAAUUACAACGUUCACUUUUUUGGUUUGUGUGUAAUUUAAUGUCUUAUUAUUAAAUUGUUAAAAGAUUUUACGUUAA